UUCACUCCACUCCUUCUUCUUCAAAUUUCAUUGUCAUUUGCGAUUAACGUUAAUUCGUAAGUUUGUUUUGUAUUACUUUUCAUUGUCAUUUGUGAUUUUUAUGUUAGUAACUUAAUUACAGUUUUAUUGCAUAAGGCAUUCCAAAAGUUCACGCUUGGGUUGCGGUGGAAUGGUUACACGGAAGAGACCGAAAAGGGUGUAAGUUACGUGGAAGGCAAUUUUUAUAAAAUGAAGGUCCGUACGAGACCGAUGCUUGAAGAGCUCCAUCAAAUGUGCACUGAGGUUACCUGCAUGGAUGGCACUAGAAGAGUUGAUCGUAUGGUGUAUCGAUACCCAAACAGACAUGGAGGGUCGUUGUGGAAUGAGGAAUUCCUCAUCACCACUCAGGAGGACGUUGAUGCGAUGGUCCAAUUUUUGGCCACCAAUAAGAUUAAACAAGCAGAGAUGUUCGUUUACACCGAGGCGGUAGAAGGCAGUGUAGGUCAUUCUGGAGAUGGCCAAACAUCUGGUAUCCACGAUGGGAGUGUAUUAUACGAAGAUCAUCCCUACCAGGAGUACCAAGACUCGAGCUGGAGGCAGGAAUAUCAUGAUGGAACUGGAGGUCAUCAUCAAUCCUUCCCAUCAUAUGAAAAAGAAGCUCAACAGGCGGAUGGGAACCAACAAGCAGGCUACCAAUACCAACCCGAGUACAACUUCUACCAAAGCGGCGUUAGUUACCACAACUACCAUUACGGAGCUGGUGAAGGUGAAUGUGCAUUUCAUGAUGAUCAUCAUAUGGAAGAAGAGGUCAAUCCAAGUCCAGUUAGUGACCCUGAGGUUGAAGAAGAUGAAGGCGAUGUCAGUGCAGACAGUUUCGAUCCUCUUGAAGGUGCUGAUGAUUCCGGUCUAGAUUCAGACGCAGACGGUGAUGAGGUACCUCGCGACCGUGUACCUAUCACGUACUACAAUCACAUUCCAAAUGAAGAUUGGUAUGUUGAUGCUGACAUGGACCUGCAGAGGUGCUAGUAUGAAUAUACAUCUCCAUAGAAACACAGUCUGUUUGACAGAAAAGGGGGAUCCGAGGAUCGCUUAGAACCCGAUUUUCCCAGGUCAUGGGAGGAUCAUGAUGAUUGCUUAAGACCCCAUUUCCUUAGACAUGCAUUUCUUUAUAAAGAGUUUAAAUAAGU